AUGAGCAAUCGCCGCAUUUCUCCUCUCCGUCACCAAAACACCAGAAUGCGUGCUGUCAAACGUAGUGAACUAGCAACUACUACUAACAUUGCUUGCACUCCAGGCACUGUCUCUCUUGCUGUCACUGCCCCCAAUACAGAGCUUGAUGUCGGUCAGAGAGACUCAAUUCUUGAGCUCCUGGAAUUGACCAAUGAGAAAAUCGAUUCGUUGAGUAGUGAAAUCAAUAAGAUAUCAAGAUGGAUGAAUAAUGUGGAAACAGGUGUUCGUCUCUCAAAUGAGACGAAUGCCUAUCUUAAAAAGGCUGUCAAUGAUAUUAUUGACGCACAAACAACGCUCAACAGUGCUACCACAAGCAACAUGACAAAUAGAAACACUAUCUCAGUAAGAGACCAUGCUUCUCUGAUAGAAAAGGAUACAACUGUAUCAGAUAUAAAUUUAUCAGGAAAACGUUACCCAAAGAUAUCAGAACUCAUCCAUGGGUACAUAAGAAACCCGAAUUUCACCAGUUUGGAUCGCACCAAAGUUGCUGAAAACAACGAAAGAGUAGGAUGGUCUUUGACAAAUAAUUUCAAGGACGAAUAUAACAAUGCUCUUGCCGUGCGACUUGUGAAUUAUCUGAGAAUUCAGAAAGAUGCUGUUGAGGUUCCCACAAGCGAUCUUAUCAGAAUAAUAAAGAACCACUUUCGGAACCAAGUACGUGAAUUCAGAUCCUCUCCUAGUAAGAAAACUUCUUGGCAAAGCUCGUCAAGAAGACGCAGUCGCAAAAAGGCGCUUUACGAUCGUUGUGUCUUAACAUACCAGAUCUACAAAACUAAUAUUGACACAUUGAUGAAAAUACCUGAUUGUGGUAGAGUUCUUUUGAGAACUGUCAUGUCAGAUGGCGAGAGUGAUGAAGAAGGCAAAUUACAAGUUUAUCGUCCUAGCUGGAGAAGCGAUAAGCUUCAAGCAGUUAUUAAUACGGUUGAUGACUUUUCCAUUGUCAGACUAAAGAAAAAGGGAAAUAGUUUGUUGGAGCAAAAUUGUUCAACUAGAACUGAGAGUAUUCCUGCUAGCUUGGCCGUCACGUUACCAGAAUGGGCAAUUUCAAUGGAAUAA